CCUGGCACGGUGGGGAAUUGCUAGUCCAGGGCUGACCCUUCGGUUUUGGCUGAGUCCUUGGGCUUGACGACUCAUGGACAUUGCUGAGAUUGAUGCUUGAACCUUGGAGAGAAGAGCCUUUCUGAUGGUCCUGCUCCGCUGCACCUGACCCUAUGAAAGGAGGGUUCACCGUAGCUCUGUCCUUGGCGCUGCAGUUCCACAGGAUGGGCUCGUUCAGAAGGCCCCGGCCGCGCUUCAUGAGCUCCCCUGUGCUCAGCGAUCUGCCUCGCUUCCAGGCCGCCCGGCAGGCCAUGCAGCUCAGCUCCAACUCUGCCUGGAACAGUGUACAAACAGCAGUGAUAAAUGUGUUCAAAGGGGGAGGAUUGCAGAACAAUGAACUUUACACUCUCAAUGAAAAUAUCAGACGGCUGCUGAAGAGUGAACUUGGAUCCUUCAUCACAGAUUACUUUCAGAACCAGCUCCUUGCGAAAGGUUUGCUGUUCAUGGAGGAGAGGGUCAAGCUGUGUGAAGGUGAGGAUCGCAUUGACGUCCUGUCUGAAAUCUGGGAUCACUAUUUUACAGAGACUCUUCCUACACUCCAGGCAAUAUUCUACCCAGUCCAGGGUCAGGAGCUAACUAUCCGUCAGAUUGCUCUUCUUGGCUUCAGAGACUUGGUCUUGCUAAAAGUAAAGUUGGAAGAAAUCCUCCCCCUGGUCCAGACAAAGGUUCCAGCUUCCAUUGUCCAGAUGCUGUUAAUUCUGCAGAGUGUCCAUGAGCCUACUGGCCCCACUGAGGGCUAUCUGCAGCUGGAAGAACUGGUCAAGCAGGUGGUAUCACCAUUCUUAGGUUUGUGUGAGGAUCACAGCUCGUCUGGUAGCACCUGCUUGCUUGAGAGAAGGUACUCCAGAUCCUGCCCUAAGGCCCUGACCCCGCUGACGGAGCAGGAGGGCGAGGCCUACCUGGAGAAGUGUGGGAGCAUCCGUCGGCACACGGUGGCCAACGCUCACUCGGACCUCCAGCUGCUGGCCAUGGCCUCCAUGAUGCACACGGGGAUGGUGGUGGAGGAGCAGGACACUCCUGACAAGUGCCUGCUGCUGCAGCCCAGCUGCUUCGGGCCCCGGCAGUGCUCCAGCGAGCCCAGCAUCGCCGACGGCCCCGAGGCAGCCGCAGCCGGCAGGCAGGACCCUGCUGAGCUCAACUGCACCUCUGUCUGCUAGGAGGAGGCUGCCUGAGGGGUGGAGAACUGUGUGCACCGAGCUGGACAAAGGGGUGUGUCAUCCCUGCUGGGGAAAGAGGAGAAAAAUAGGAAUUGUGCUCAUGUCAUUGAAAUGGGCCCGAGGGUUCAUAUGGCUGAGAAUGGUAUCUAGAUAGGUUCUUUUGCCAGCCUGGGAUCAUUGCUGGUGGAGGUACCAGGCUGCUCCCAAGUGACCACUAAGGGCUGCAGAGGUUUUGCUGUUGAACAGCACAGUCUGCCUUCUGUAAGGUUUCUCUCUCUAUUAGUAUUAACUUCUUGGUGACACCUUUCCUUGUUUUUGUUUGGUAUGAUACAAAUUGAGUUCUUUCUGCUUUUCUCCCUCUUUCCCAAUUGUGCUUCUUCUUUGUUCUUUGUCCCUGCAGUGGAGGCCUCUGUGCUCAGUGUUCUCUUUGCUUCUGGUGCUUCGUGGUGAAGGCUGAGCACUUAAUUUCUCUUUUAAAGUUGAACUCAGGGUUGAAGCCAUUUGCAUCCUGCAGAAAGAUCUGCUGAGGUGGCUUGUGAGAGAAGAUCCUUAAUUUUGCUUCCCAUGGGUAUGGAUGAAAAGUCCAAAUCAGAAUUGAUCCGACUUGCUUUUUUCCCCAGGCCUGAAGAGAACCAAGUAUAUGUGGAAUCUGAGCUGAGUACUUCAUAUGUAGUUUAUUUGGUUCCAGUCAUAUCCUGGGGCUUCUGGUAUAAAUUGGGUGCAAAGGAUGGCUGGGGUGUGUAAAUUGGGUGCAAAAUAUACUGAACAUCCUGGCAUUUGGAAUCAAUUUGCUCUCAAAAUUUCAGUGGUGAUAGGGCUAUGAUGAAGGAGAAAAUCAAAUGGGUAGGAUAUGUAAAGGUGCUUCUCAGCACCGGGCCAUCGUGACUGCAGAUCAGGAGAUGAUGAUCAGUAUUUCAUCCUGAGCCUACCCUGGUACUUUUAGCACUUGUGGAUUUCAUGAGACCGAGGAUAAUCAGUGGGUGUGGAAAGGAGUCCUGGCUCAGUGCAUUCAUGAAGUGCUCCUGACCUCCAGUGGUAUCUGACUCAGUGCAGUAUUGCUUUUAAGAUAAAGUGAGGGCUCUUUGCUGUCUUUGGUUUUGUUUUUGUUGUGAAGAUUAGGAGUGGGUCCAGUUUGCAGGUGUCUGUGUCAGGCACUGCAGCCUGCAGCGUCUGCUUUGUAGCAUCACUUGGUACCCCAGUGCUGCUUCUGUGGGGACAGAGCCAAUCUGUUUCAGCUGUCCCUGGGAUGCUCUGCUGGUGUCUUGCUAAGCAGAUUUGCAAGUGUUAUCAUAGGCUUAGAGGUGAACUGCAGUGCUACCUUAAAUGUCAAACCCCAUUGAAAAUAUGGACACAACACAACUACCACUUGAUCUACUCCAAGUGGUACUUGGUAAAUAAGUGUGUCUUGACAAGGAAACAGAAGGUUAGGAUGAGCCUCUGGGAUGUUUUUUUGCAUGCUAUGACAUUAACUGCAGAAUUUUCUAUGCUUCUGUUAGGCAUUAAACAUCUUCUGCUUCACUGGCUGCGCUGGAGCACAGCUCUGACCUGCCAGGAUUUGGCAUUAGUAGCACAUGCAGCAAAAGGAGAGCUGGUUAUUAUAUGGCAGUAAAGCAUCAGAAACACCAGCUAUGAGCACAAGCCAGGCUGCCUUGGUAAAUGAGGCUGUUGC